AUGACCUUAGCCAAAUUCCGAGCCAGAAAAUGGGACCCUGACCUAAAGUUUCUUAAGGAAAUUCUAGGAGAACACCAAAGCAUUGAUAUAAACACACAAACGUUCCCAAAAGGGUUCAGAAUCAAGGAAGCGCACCUGUUGGUCAUGGGCGUAAAACAAUGGGACAGAGAACAGCAGCAGCCUGAUGGUCUAUUUGAACCAGACGCUCUUGGCUGGUAUCCUAUUCAUCAUGCUACUACUUUUUCUGAUCUUAAGCUUGGUAAAUACGUAAUUGAUGAUUACGACCCAAACGUGCGAGAUCUGUGGGGAUGGGCUCCGCUGCAUAACGCCUGCCUGAGAGGCGAUGCAACUUGGGUCGACGAACUCAUUGAUGCUGGAGCUGAAACCAGUGUUGUGGCGACUGAUGGAGUUUCGCCCAUGCAUUGUGCCGCCAAAUAUGGAAAGCUCGAAGUGGCCAAGAUGCUGCUCAAAGAAGAGGGGUCAGAGGACGUUGUGUACAAGAGACAAACUCGCACCGACCUGAAUCAAAGACACCCCAUUCAUUGGGCUGCUGUGGAAGGCCAUAAAGUUUUCGUUAAAUUGAUGGUGGGCGACAAGGACUUGCAAGAUCGUUCGUUACAAGCGUUUUGA